AUGACUUCUUCAAAUCUCCCUUAUGCCGCAGAUGCUGAAAGCCCGUUGAAGCCAGCAGAGCUUCAAGUCCUUCGCGCCCAGUAUGAAAAAGAAGGCGACUACGUUGGUGUUCAGACUAAGUUCAACUAUGCCUGGGGCCUGAUCAAAUCGAAUUUCCGAGCUGACCAGCAAGAGGGCGUUCGUCUCCUGUCUGAGAUUUUCCGCGCCCAUCCCGAGCGACGCCGCGAAUGUCUCUUCUACCUGGCGCUGGGUAACUACAAACUAGGCAACUAUGGGGAGGCCCGCCGCUACAACGAUCUUCUUAUCGACAAGGAGCCGGGAAAUCUACAGGCGGCAAGUCUGCGGACUCUGAUUGAUGAUAGAGUAUCGCGUGAAGGGAUGGUUGGCAUUGCUAUCGUUGGUGGGCUGGCUCUCGCGGCGGGAGUAGUCGGAGGUUUGCUCUUCCGUGGACAGCGGCGAUAA